CCAUGAUGGCGGCCAGUUCAACAGGUUUCAAUUUUUCACUCCGAAAAGUGUGCCAGUUUAAGAAAUAAGAGCCAACCAGGAUUAGUUGAGACCGGUAGAAAGUUAUAACCGAUUUAGAUGAAGAAACAGAGGUAGCAGCAAAAUGACUGACGAGAAGGGGCGUCUUGGUCGGAGAUUCCCUGCGAUACCCACGCAGCCUAGUGAUGAUUUGUUGCACAGUGGCAUAGCCAUACUCCCAGGCAGCCACGACACUCUCGGCCUUCCGCUCAUCGUCUUCCCAGUCAAGUCCCACACACAGCUCCUUGGAACCAAAGUCUCUGAAAUCUGCUUACUCAUCAAAUAUUACAUCAGUAUUACACGCCCAGGGCAACGGCUCAAUGGCUUCGCCUUCCUUAUUGAUCUCAAGGUCGCUAAUGUCCAGCUGUUUAAUAUCGUUGUGGAGACAUUAGAGACUCUACAGAGAGAGAACCAAGGAUGUGUGGCUGUAUUUUACUGCCUCCAGCCGCGGGGGAAGGAGGCGUGCAAGUUCCUCAAGAAGCUGCUGGGUCUGAAAGACAAGAAACGGAGACUGCGGCUUCCAUUCAAGAAAUCUACUUACAAACUGGAGAGUCAGAGAGGCAGAAACAAUUGUAUAUUCAAGAGUGUGCUAAUGACUGACCUCACCGAGCUUUACCGGUACAUCGAGGGGCGACAAGUUACCACCGAAUUUGGCGGCACGCUACUUUUUCAUAUAGAGUCAUGGAUUCUGUUCCGACAGGAUCUGGAGGGCCUAUAUCAGGAUAUCGACCGGGUGCUAGAGAGUGUGCCGUCCACGCAGGACAAGAUCGAGAUGCUCAAGGAGUAUGAUCUUCCUGAGACGAAUGAGGAGCUCGAACAACUGCUUGGCUGGAUCAGGAAUAGAUACCAUGAUGUCAUGAAAGAACUGAACAUCGAGGCAGUGAUAGAUGAGUGCAAAAACAUGGUCACAAAAUGCAAAAACCCAGAUAGUUACGCCAUCUACAGUGACUUACAGAAUAAUUUCAUGUUACAAGACGCCAUCAUCACUCUAGAGAAGCAUCACGUGCGCCUGGUGACGUCCCGUAACCAGUUACAGGUCUCAUGGCAGGAGGCUGAGAAACGUCUCAAGAAGGCUUCAAAUGUCCGCUCGUAUAAGGAGAAAACAGAAAAGAUCAUUAAAUGGUUAAAUGAAGUUGGCAUGCCUAAAUUCAAAGAGCCAGUUGAGAUAGCAGAUAGUCUAAGUCAGGCUGAAACUCUGAAGAAUCAUUUCGAGGCUGGAUUUUAUACAACAGCAAAGGAAACGUUGUACGAAGCUGAGGAACUGAUAGAAAAUAUGGAAAAGAUGGCCCUGGAUACAUCAAGAGAGAUCCAAGAAACGGUCGAAUAUUCAAGGAACUUCCAAUCAAAAAUAUCUGAAUUCCGACUACUGCUUGAACGACGGUUGAGAAAGUACUUGGAUAUUUAUCACUUCUAUCUGCUCUCGGGGAAGGUAACCCGCUGGUAUCGCCGUACUCUGACCUUCCUGCCCAUCAAGUACCUAUCUCACUACAUUGACUACGACCACGAUGACCUCGUCCCACUCUGCCAGGAAUGGAAUGCUGAGGUUAACAAAUACCUUUACAAGCACCCAGCACCAAGGUUGGAACACCUCAACAAGAUACGGGAGGGUGUCCCCCUGGUGUCGAACAUGAGAAACAGAAACCAAGCCAGACUUCUCGUACACAGGGUGGGCUUACUGCGGAACCUCCUCGUCGAGGGAAAGAUCAAAGUCAUUGACUACAUCGAUCUGCUCAAACUGAAGGAAAAGGUGCUUCGUGGCUAUGAUGACCUUGACAAUGACCUUUCAAGGAGCAUGCCAGAUCUAACGAGAAUUCAACGUGCCGAAUCUGCAUACAGACACCAUAAUAUGAGUGCCACCCUUUCACGACUGCCUCCUUCCCACCAAGCUGGUUCAAUGACGGAUAUGGAACCCCCUGUCUCCAGAGCUAGGAGUGUUAGUUCCCUGUAUGCGCCACGAAGGGGUUCUGAUGCAGUAGAUUUCGACAGAGGAGAAAUGGAGUCGCGGCUGCGCCCACGGCUCGGUUUAUCAGCCACGAUGGAUCGUUAUCAGAAAGUGCAUGAGCUUUAUGCUGAUCCAGAUUCAAAUUUACGACGAUUCAGGUCCCAGCCGCUUGUAAAUCAGCCACAAACAUAUCCAGAUCUGAAUCGCCAAACUUCACGUGAUCGGGACAGCAUCGGUAGGAAGGGUCUUGUGCCGAAACACUCGAGUAAACACACACCAGGGCGGCGUUUUGUUAAAGCCAGAGAUCAGAGAUCGUCACGGAAUCAUUCCCAGUCGAAUGUUGGCGAUGACAGUGAGGAUACCGAGUUGAGUUAUCCCACGAAUAAACGGACGUUCAGCUUCCAUCGGAAUCCAGUGGAUCGGAACGAUUACGGGAUUUAUGGAGAGUCGGACAAUUGUGAUGAUAGUGUGUUUUCUGGGCAGAGUAGCUCAAGUACGCUUCCACUGCGGGACUCUAGGGAGCGCUACAUAUCAUUGAACUUCCCAUCUGAGCCGCUGUCUCUUCCAUGCUCGCCACCCCCACACUUUCUCGGUGGUGAGAGAGCAAGUUCUAGUCAAUCAAACUACAGAGGCAAUCAGAGUUUACCAUCGGCAUUCCGCACAAAGGAGGACAGUUACGAUUCUGGGAUUGGUUACACGGAACCAGGGAUUCACGCAGGGGCUCGCAUUAACCCACUCUAUUCUAGUCUGCCAAAUCUAAUCGCGAAAGAUUUACGCCUGCCACAAACAAUGCAGAGAGACGAUAGUCUGAGUAUGACACAGGAAAAUCUCAAUAAGAUUUCUCAGAGUAAUUUACUGCCUGCAGAGAAGUUGGAACUCAUGUCAGCCAUGUUGGAUAAUGAGGAUCCUGGGAGACGGUCUCCACGGCGACCGGGUGCGGUGGAUCCUGUGAAGGUUCCCAAUGCGCAUGUGACGAAUAAUCUGCGUCUUACAACGGAGGAGCAGAAUCUCGUGCGAGAGAUUCUGGAUAAACAGAAGGGUGAGAAGAAGAAGCAGGAGGGAUAUUAUCGAGAAGAGAUGAAUCGGAGGACAGGCAACAGCCCCAACAACCUGGAGCGAACACCUAAGAUUUAUUUCAACCGCCCAGGAGAUGAAGAAGAAGAUAAUGAGGGCAGUGGAACCUCAGAUGAGGAGGAAUCGGAAGAUGAUAGCAAUGCUGGGGCCAGCACAGAUGAGGACGUUAAACGCCUAAAUGAGGCUAUACAGGCUAGACGUCAAGAACAGCUCCGUUUGGCGAGAAAUCGUCAGAAGUUACAUCAGAUUGAUGAGCAGAUGACAUCACCGUCUAAGAACGAGCAGAAGUACAGAAGUCCAGAAAAGGUCAUUCAGGACGGGACAAGACAACGCUCUCCCCACACCAUGCCACGCUCCCCCGUUUCGAGCCAUGAUGACCCGUUAGGCUACACCCUGCAGCGCCUACAGCAGACGAGCCCUCGCCAAAAUAGAGAGAACGGCAUCUAUGGAACGGACAGUGAUUAUUCUGGCUCUGAAGCAAAUUCCUCCAUGAAGCCGGAGGAAGACUAUAACCGCAAUCGUGUGAUGGAGAAUGGGAAUGCGUCGAGUGUCAAGGAGUGGGUCCAAAGAUAUGACAGGAAGGCCGUUGCAUCUGACAGUGGUUACACUGGCAUUGCAUCAAACACGGACAGAAACGCGUCCGACUUGAACGACAGCAUCAGCGAUAACAUCCCAGAUUUGAAGGAGAUUGAGAACCUAGAGAACACACUGAAGAAACAUGCCUUGAUGGAGCGGAAGGCCAUGAUUGAACAAUCUCGGGAACGCAUGCUGAGGGAUAUGAUCGAUAUUGGCUUAUCGACGCCACAAGAUUCUGCCCAUUCUGAUGAACAACAGCACGAUGCCUUCUUUUAUUGAGAGGAACACUGGCUUCAAAAUCAACUCCCAGAAUUAAUUCAAGUAUGCCUUAUGCAAACCAGUUCGAAGUUUCAAAAUGUUUAGGGCAUUCAGACUAUUCCUGACACUUCGGAUGAUCUAGUUUAUUAUUCAUAGGGAGAAGUCUGCCAUGGCAUCUAAUCCUUUGACAUUUCAGGUCCAGGGUAGUAGGAUGCUAUAUUUUUUGUGCAACUGCCAUCUCUUCAAAUUUGUGCUGAGUGAUAAUUCAUUUGGCACGUCCCCAAGUCUGCAAGUGGAGUGCUUUAUUAGCCAGACUACCACUAGAUGGGAUGUUUCAUUUUGUAUUAUACUGUAAAUACCUGUAUAUGUAUUCCAAGCUUAGCUUAUUCCAAAGAUACUGCCUGUGCUGUUUUGUCAUAAUAUUUUUAUCAAGUUAUCUUUUAUUGGAGUAUACUCGGUAUUUGGGUCCAGAUUUUUAUUGCUAGAGAAGUAGUACUUUUAUAUGCAUUUGUAAAAAGUGCCUUAUUGCAAUUCUAACUCGAGUAAAAUUCCUUCCGUUUGAUAAAUGUCCUGCCUCUGAUAAGAUGGAUUGGGGUCCAAAACUGUCAAUUUGAAUUUUUUCUAUGCCGUUGGGCUGUAAUUUACAAGUAGUUUCAAUGAUGUAGUACAACAGUGUGUUAGUUGGUAUGAUUGACUGCCAAAAUGGUGAAACUUUCACUAGAAUCCCUUCUAAAAUGAAUUGUAAGUUUUUUCCAAUUCCUUAUUCUCUUUGUAAUAAAAAUGUAAAUUAGUAACUAUUUUAAUAUCUGGUGCUGUGUAAAAGGGUCUGUGCUUUUACCUAGUCUGAAUCUGCUCAAAUCAUGACCUGCUGAGUUCCAGCAAUCAGCUUAACCUAUCAUCAGUUUAUUUACAAUCUCAGCUUCAUCUCAAAUUAACUUUAUGCAUUUUAUGAAGAUCAUAAAAAGGGACCAACCUACGUACUUAACUCUUUCAGCCCUAUGACCGUGUAUACACGGAUUUCAUAAUAUUCCCAGAUCCUGCUAUCGCAUAUACACGGUGAUGCCGAAACCAGUUUCUCGUUCACUAUUGACUAUCGCAAAUGCGAUUGGGGAGCCAUCUACAGGUUGCCAGUCCAACUAAUAGACUUCUGGGCUUCGAGGACAAAAUCACUGACGAUAUUUGGUUCGUGUUGGGUCCACAGGGGGCGUGGGUGUUGAAUCUGAUUUUUCCUGAAAAUCGGCUAAGGUCUGGGAAUUACACACUGAGAAAGGGCGAGGACCCAGGGUGGCCACUGAUAUGCCUGAUGAUGAUGAUGAUGAUGAGUGCAUAGUGUCUUAUCUGCAGACACCCUGUGUAGAAUUACUGUGUUAUUUUUGUAUGGGAACAUUUGAUUUCGUGGAUAUCAGUAUGAUCACCGAUGAUUCAGAUUUGAAGUUGACAUGCCUACAUUGAAAGAUAUCACCAGAGUUCAAUCUGAAAUGUUUCUGGUGGUGCUAUCGAAAUGAAUAUAUUACUAUCUAAAUCAUGCAUGCAGCAUUGUCACUAGUGUCUAAUAUGAGGGCUUCUGUAAUUUUAGAGUACUGUAUCUAUUCUUACCUUUGUGUAAAUAAAUAACUGGUAUGAUUGGUAACCUAAUCAAAUGCUUGACAAUGUGUACAUAAUAAAUCAUAAAUUUAUUGAUUCACCUAUUAUUUCACUGCACCAAUCUGCCUUAUUUUGUUAUCAUUUCUCUACUUUAACUGUUCUACUCUCUAUUUUCAAUGAUAUUUUGAUAUUUGAGAUAUUUGCAAAAAUAUACACAAGGACAGGUGGACACUAUCAACAGGGUUUUGUUGCACAGUAUUUUUGAGAUGGUCCCUUGUGUCUCAGAGUACUGGCAACAACACUCUCCUCCCUGAGAAUACAAAUAUCUCAAAAUUAUAUCAUGUCCCAAAAAGAUUGUUACCUUAAUAAAAACAUUUUUUGCCAAAGAAAGCUGUCAAAUAUUUUAUACUGAAUGUGUAUUUUAUAAUCAUUAAGGGUUUGGUAUGUUGUACUAUUAAACUGAUCUAUCUUAUGUA